AGCCGCACUGAUCUAGCGUGGUACUGCCACACAGAUAAUCAGGGCUGGAGCCAAGUCUCGGUAGUGCUGUGCAUUGCAUUGGUCACAUAGUGGAAGUUUUGUUUAUCCAACUUGGUGGCUCUCAGAGCUGGUGAAAUCCCAGCCAGGAUGUGGAGUGGACUUCCUAGCAGAGGCAGUACAUGCCACACUACGACCCUUCCUGCCCUGGUGCGUACUCCAACCCUGAUGAUGCAACCUUCACUGGAUAUCAAACCAUUUAUGUCUUUUCCAGUGGACAAUAGCUCUGCUGUUGGGCUCUUUCCAAAUUUUAACACAAUGGAUCCUGUGCAGAAAGCAGUUAUUAACCACACAUUUGGAGUGUCCAUUCCCCCAAAGAAGAAACAAGUUAUUUCUUGUAAUGUCUGUCAACUUCGUUUCAACUCAGAUAGCCAGGCCGAGGCCCACUACAAAGGAAGUAAACAUGCCAAGAAGGUCAAAGCACUAGAGGCAACGAAAAAUAAACCCAAAAUGGUUUCUUCCAAGGACAGCGCAAAGGCUAAUCCCAGCUGCUCCAUCACGCCAAUCACAGGCAACAGCUCUGACAAAUCAGAAGAUAAAGGGAAGUUAAAAGUCAACAGUUCCAAUCAGCCAUCCAGCUCCGAGAGCAGCUCACUUUUCAAAUCUGGCACAACACCCUUGCCACUCGGGACAGCCACCUCUCCCUCUAAGAGCACAAAUGGAGCUCCUGGUUCAGUUUCUGAGUCAGAAGAAGAAAAAGCCAAAAAAUUACUGUAUUGUUCACUAUGCAAAGUGGCUGUGAACUCUCUGUCACAGCUAGAGGCACACAACACAGGAUCUAAACACAAGACUAUGGUUGAAGCUCGUAAUGGGGCUGGUCCAAUUAAGUCCUAUCCUAGACCUGGCUCAAGAUUAAAGAUACAAAAUGGGAGUAAGGGGUCAGGACUACAGAACAAGACAUUUCAUUGUGAAAUCUGCGAUGUUCACGUUAAUUCAGAAAUUCAACUUAAACAGCACAUUUCUAGCCGAAGGCAUAAGGAUCGAGUUGCAGGGAAACCACUGAAGCCAAAAUACAGCCCUUACAACAAACUCCAGAGAAGCCCAAGCAUUUUAGCAGCAAAACUCGCCUUCCAGAAAGACAUGAUGAAGCCCCUGGCUCCCGCCUUCCUGUCGUCGCCCCUGGCAGCGGCGGCGGCCGUGUCCUCGGCGCUGUCCCUGCCACCGCGCCCGUCCACCUCACUGCUGCAGGCGGCAGCCCUGCCUCCCGCGCUGCUGCGGCCGGCGCACGGGCCCCUGCGAGCCGCGCCCGCCUCCAUCCUCUUCGCGCCCUACUGACCGCGCCUGGACCACCUGCCAGACAGGCCCGCAGCCCCCAGCGCCCCCCGCCACCCGGAGAACUACCGAUCACUAGAUUCAAGAAUGCUUCUAGGGACGCUCCCGUUUGUCCUUUAGGGAUCAGAGCAGCACCCGGCUUGACCUCCCUCUCCCCAAUCUUGCCCACUCCUGUCCAGUUCGUGUCUUGGAUAUACUCAGUUUCUUGCAAAUGUAUUGGUCCCCCACCCCCACCCCUUAAAGCCACAUGUAGACCAUUCUCUUGACUGUUUUUUCCAUGGGUGUGAUCUGAUGUAGGAACUAUAUGGAAUCUUUUCUCCUGCCAGACUUGAAAAAACUAGGGUCUUCCUCACAUGGCUGUAAAGAACUUUGGAAUCCAGCAGGGCACACUGGAGCCUGGGACAAAAUGUUAGUGGAGCGUUUCAGUGCUGACUUGUGGCUGCCACCUUAGCAAGCGGACCACCAUGCUUUCUUUUUUUCUUGGGUGUAUACUCUUGUUGACAGGGAUUGUGCACUGUUCUAGACCCAAGUACUGUUGUUUCUCGUGUAGUACUAGAUCUGUAUCUCUCGUCAGAAUUAAACCUUUUCAGUUGCUGUGUAAAACGUUAGGAAGCAAAGUAGCUUUGACUUUUUUCUCUUUAAGAGAACAAACGAUAACGUAAUGCCUUUUCCAUAUUUCAUGUUUUCUUUGGUGAUAUUUAAACAAAAUAGAAAGCCAUAUAACAUAGCUAUAUUAUGUUUCCUAUUUUUGUUUAACUUAUUUUGU